AUGGCAACUCCUGUUUCACUUCAUAACCAGCACUUUUGGAUUCCGUCAACGCACGUUCACAUGAACUAUUCUGGCAGAAAACGGCUAUCCUCCGCUCAACAGCAGAGUUCUUCAUCACUAGAUAUCGCUGGAAAGCCGUUACGUAAACCAUCAUCACGGUCAAGCAGUCAUGUGGUCGACGAUCAGACGGCGAAAACGGACGAGAUUAUAUCAAUACCAUCCGAUGAGGAAUCUGAUGUGGAGGGUGACAGCCAUCAUAAUGAGUCGCGGGAAAGAGCCACGCAUAUGUCGUCAACCCAAGCGAGCACGCUUCGUCAAGGUAGUAUGAUGACUGUAUGCACGAAAAGCCCCAGAAUAUUGGCUUGGGAUGAAAGCACUGGAGCCAUUGACAAUCACGAAGCAUCAGCGGAUGCAGUUUUUCUAGAAAGAAGCACGGAUACUGCUCAUGCUUUGCCUUCUCCUCGGGCUAGAUCCGUGGUGCGAGAUGAGGAUGCGGACUGCGAGCAGAGAGCUUCGUCCGUGCGACAAUCUUCUGCGGUCCUUGAUUACACCCCGAGGCAAAUCGAGAAGGCAUCAACCAACGUAUCUCUUUCAAACACUGCCGACAACUCUAAGCACGCACAUCCGGACGACACUCUUCCAUUAGUCGAGGCAUUGGCUGCAUCUGCCAAGGAACAGAUUGGAGACACUCGUCAUGUUGGCGAGCACAAUAGACAGUCUAAUCGCGAUGACGGCUACGAAGGCGCCGGUGCACCAUCUUCCCCCUCAGCCGCCGCAUACCAAGAAGUUCCUCGGGGUCCAAGCCCAGUUUCGGCACAGUCUACAACUUCCUCUGCGGCUAGUCCCUUUCAUUCGCCACUAACGCCUGGAUCAACUCGUGCCUCAACGCCGGCAGUGUCGCGACAGGUUAACAUGUCAUUAAAGAACCUGUCAUGUGAUCUGGACCCUAUGCAGACAAGCUCCUCUCGGGAAGCAACUGAGGAUAUUGUGAACACGCUUGGAGAUCCACCUCCAGUGCAGCCUCAACUUCCAGAUAGCUUCAAUGCCGAAUCAAACAUAUAUGUACAGAUUAAUGACAAGAAUAUGGAAACGCGGUCGAGCAAACCCCCUUCUUACCGGCGAAUCCGACCUACAACAAUGAACGAAAAAUCGCAGUGGCGCGACAGGGACGAUCCACAUAGGCAAGACGGUGUCCGUAGACAGAGCGACACUGAAUACUGCCCUUCAUCAACUGACGAUGAGAACGAGGAUGACGACCGUCAGGAUAGUGACGAUGACGAAGUAAUUCAACAGCAUUCACGCAAGCGCCGUAGAUUCGGUAGCCCCUCUAUUGGACCCAGAAUGCCCAGUAAACGGCACUGUCCUGAUACCUCGACAAGGGAACGUCGGCCACGGGACAUGCUCCUCUCUGCUAUAUCGCACCCCUCAACCGACGGUAUCGACGGUGUAAGAGCGGAGUUUGAAGAAUGGGCCUUAGAAAAUGUCCGGCUAAAGCGUACCAUUGUUAACGACAGAGCAACGUUCCAGUUACAGUUCGACUGGGACUUGUGCAUGAAACACGGCUACGCAGUGCACCCAGGGUCCAAGAGAAGUCAGAAGCGAGGAGGACACAGCACGAGAGCAAGGUUUACACCGGAGGAGGAUUGCCUGCUCAAAAGUUUGAAAGAGGAGCUCGAACUUUCGUGGGCAGACAUUCAUGCACAAUUUAGCGCCAAAUUUGGAUGGCGUUCAAAAGAGGCUCUUCAGGUUCGUUACUGUACAAAGUUGAAGUUUCGUGGGUGA